CAUUCGGUGCCCUUGGGGCUCUCGGGGCAUCCCUCCGCGCUGAAAGCGGCACGAAUAGAGAUAAUCCCCGAUUUUCUUAGGGUUGCGCCUCUUUUCUGGAGAUUUUCCUGGUCUUUCUUCUUUUUCCCAUGCCCGUGCCCCUCCUCUGCGCGGAGGGCGGAUGGAUGCUUCAGCGACAACAUGGCCGCCACCAUGAAGAAGGCGGCUGCAGAAGAUGUCAACGUCACCUUCGAGGAUCAACAGAAAAUUAACAAGUUUGCAAGAAAUACCAGCAGGAUCACGGAGCUGAAAGAAGAAAUAGAAGUGAAAAAGAAGCAGCUGCAGAACCUGGAGGACGCCUGUGAUGACAUCGUGCUGCUGGACGAUGCCGAUGCCCACCUCAUCCCCUACCAGAUCGGGGAUGUCUUCAUCAGCCACUCCCUGGAGGAGACACAGGAGAUGCUGGAGGAGGCCAAGAGGAGUCUACAAGAGGAAAUUGAAGCGUUGGAAUCGCGAGUGGAGUCGAUCCAGAGGGUGUUGUCUGACCUCAAAGUCCAGCUCUAUGCCAAGUUUGGAAAUAACAUAAAUCUGGAGGCUGAGGACAGUUAAAGCUUUUCUAAACACAACAACUUUUCUUAGGUUAUUAAAUGUUUUGAUAACAUUGCUGCAAUUACAUUUGAGAAAAGAAAAUCCAUCCCUUUCUCUUUGUUGUGUUGUUUUUUUUUUUUUACUUUCCUGUAAAGUUCUGUAUAUUUAAUAAGAACUUUCUUAUUUUGGUUAUUGCAGUUAUUUAUUUAUUCAGGAAAACUCUGACUUCACACUGUUGCUGAAGCAGCAAGAUUGGAAUAUUUGCAUUGUUUAUUAAGGCAAUAAAGCCAGGCACGUAUUGGA